AUGGAGAGGCUCAACCAAAACCUCGCCACCUCCACGGCCACCAGAGCCACCAUUCCCCACACAUCCAGCUACCUGAAAAACCAGCAUUUCCGCCUCAAGACCAACGAAAGGAAGUACGAUCGCCAGUUCUACUCCAUGUACCAGUUCCGCUACAAGCACCUUAAAGACAGAGUACUCAGGGCUGCCACUGCCAAAUGGGGAGAUGGAACCAAGAAAGUUGAUGGUCAGAACAUCUUCAAGCAGGACAAGAUCUUGGACAUCCAGAGUGGACAGUUGUGCUGGGUGAUAGGAACCGUGUUCUGCGACCUCAAGAACAAGCUAGACAUCCUCCAGGAUGUCGAGAAGGGUGUGGACGACGUGUUGCCUGUGGCACCAGCCACGUACGUGGAUGCUGAAGAAGAAGGAAAGCCCAUCACCAGCGUGAUGUUGGAGGACGAGUCGGGAAGAGCAGUGCUCCACAACGACGAGUUCCUCAAAAAGAACAUCUUAGUGACGGGGUGCAUUGUUGCUGUGCUUGGAAUGGAAAUCCAGGCUGGGGUGUUUGAAAUCAUGGAUGUGGUUUAUCCUGAUCCGUGUCCCACUGGGCCAUUGCCAGCGGAAUCCAGCGGCAAAAUUGCCAUCGUGAGUGGCCUUAGCAUUUCAGAAGGAGUGGAAGAUGAUCUCAGGCUCGAGCUCCUCAAACAGUAUUUGGCUGGGGAAUUGGGCCUGGAAAAAGACAUCAACGCAGUGAAAGACAUCACAAGGCUCGUGGUUGCGGGUGACUCUAUCAAGCAAUUACAGGAGGCUACCAGCGAGUCGGAGCGUCGAGACUUCGUCACCACCAAUAAUUAUGGGUCUAAAAACACCCUGAAAUAUAACCCCGAAUCAUUGGUCAAGCUCGACCAGUUUUUGCAUGUAAUCCUCACCCAUAUGCCAGUCUCCAUAAUGCCAGGAGACUCCGACCCAGCAGAAAUCUGUCUUCCCCAACAACCGUUGCACAAGUCGUUGUUUGGAGGUAACUACCGUUUCAUGAACGAAGAUAGGUUCCAAAACUUGACUAAUCCCCACUGGUUCGAGUUUGAUGGCAUCAGGGUGUUGGGAACAUCUGGCCAGAACAUCACCGACAUCUUGAAAUAUUUGCCAGCUUCUACCCAAGAAGAGAACAUUCUGAUUCAGGCAAUGGAAUCUACCAUCAAAUGGCAGGACAUCAUUCCCACUGCUCCCGACACCUUGUACUGCUACCCAUACGAUGACUUUGAUCCGUUCUUGUUGGAAGACGAGACGCCACAUGUCUACUUUGCCGGAAACCAGAAGCUGUAUGGGCUGAAACGCUACCAGUUCAAAGCAGGUGGACAAGAGCACAGCGUGCGGAUGUUGAGCGUGCCGCGGUUCUGCGAGACUGGUCAAAUCGUGGUUUUGGACUUGAAAACGUUAGAGUCGGAGGUUGUCACAAUUGAAUUGAGCUAG